AUGGAUGCGAGCUUUUUUCCGGGCUGGUUCUCACAAGGUGUCAAAGAUCUUCAUAUUCAAGCCCUGGCUUUGCAUGUGAGAUGGGAAUGGUUGCAUAGAUCCGACCAACUUAGACCUUGGCAGGGGCUGCCACCGCUCAAUAAUGACAAGGCGAGACAAGUGUUCGACGGUCUGGUCCGCAUCUUUAUUGGAGAUGGGAGAUAUGUGCUCUUCUGGAGAGAUCGAUGGAUCAAUGGCAUAGGCAUCGUAGAUUUUGCUCCUCUUGUGUUGGAGAAGUUUUGCAAGAAUGCUGAUAUGAUAUCAUAUUUUGCUAAACAGGAGAAUUAUGUUUCAGUGAUACUAAUGACUGCUCAACAUUUUAAGUCUUGUGGUGGAAAUGUGUCUGUUCCACUAUGGGAGAAGAAAUUUUGCAUUGAUGCUUGUUCUAUACCCUGGGGUAAGCUAUGUGAGGCCAAGAAACUGAUGUCAUUGUACACGAAUAUUGUUGACUGGGAUGAUUCAGGUGCAUUCGAGGCUUUCAAAGAUGCCAAGGACCGUUUCUGUGCUGCAUAUCAUGGUCAACCUUGUUACAUCCCAUUGCCUGACCCAGACAUGUACAUUGAUGUGGUCAACCCAGAUGAAUAUAUCGAUCCUGAGUUGGUUGCUGAUCUGGAGAGGUCACGGCGCCGUGCUCCUAGAAGGGACAACACCGCCCCAGAUUGCUGGGACUCCUUCAUUUUUGCAGACAAGCCAGUUCCAGCCACGGGAUGGGGUGAUGGGGACACAACCAACACUAUCGGUCAGCAAUGCUCUGUGAACUGGGAUAAUCAUGUGGAACAACAGCUCCUUGAAGCAAAUUGCAAGCAAAGCUCGGGGAACUGGGACAGUUAUGUCAGUCAGCCUGCUGAAACAUUUGUUCAGCAAAGCUCAGGAAACUGGGACACUUAUGUGGAACAGCAAGGUCAGACAAGCGGCUGGGCGGCGCCGAUCAUGCCCUGCACAUCCAAUUGGGGCAUGAAUAGUGGUGACCCAUGGAACCAUGACUAUGGCUGGGGCUCCCCAGCUAUUCAGACAGAUUCAUGGGGCGACCAGAAAGAUAGCUACUGUGUGUCUGACAACCAGGCUCAGGGCAGCUCAGACGGGCACUGGAGACGGCGAAACAGCCAGUCGGGCAGGCGGAACAGCAGGAACAGAGACCGAGGGGGUCCCAUCAGCUCAAAGGCCAUGAAAUCCAAGUACCAGGCCGACGAGCAUGGCGGCGCGAAUAAUGGCUGGAGGCACUGCCGAGUGAGAGAUGGCAUGCAGUACUCUUAUGAGCAGCCUGGUUAUUCCAACCAGUCACUGGCAAUGUGA